UUUAAACCCCAAAAUCCUAACCUUCAAAUGGCCGAUCUCCCAAAAUGCGACAAAAAAACCUGCAUGAAGAUCUCUUCAGAUUACGUCGAAGAAGUAAACGGAUACUUCUGUGAAGACCAUACUAUUGGGACUGAAAGUAUAUAAGACUCUACUCUCCAAGCUCCAUAAAGCCUCUGGUUUCACAAAUUUCCAAAAUGCUGAGUCUCCUUUACUACCACAUUGCUGAAGACCAGCCUCACUCCUACACUAAGGAAGCGGCUCAAUUCUGCCAAGACCUACUGACGAAGAUUAAUGAAAUUAAAUCAGAGAUAUCAGCGGCUGAAAAGCAGAAAGAGUUUUUUAAGUUUACUAAGAUAAAGCGUGAUAUUAAUCAGAUUAGAUUGUUGAUUGAUGAAAAUGAAGAUUUCUCCAAGUUUACCAAAGAAUUUAGUUGGGAUUGAGUGGCAUCUUUUAUCUCCUCCAACCACUACACUCUCCAAUCCCCGUUCACAAGCAGUGACCAGGACUACAAGGACCACGAAGACUUGGUCAGAGAGAACAAGGAUCUACUGCACCGUGUAGAGGUCUUGAAGAGAGCCUACCAGAGAAGUCAGGAAGAGAAACUUAAGAUUGAAGGGGAACUUUUAAACCUAAAGAAGAACAAAUCAGGCUCGUCUCUGCCUCAUAGAAAAGUCCAGAAAGAACGCACUGGGCUUCAUAGAAGAGAUCUAGAGGAAGAGAAGAAGGACUUGAGAAGAGACAGACCUAGAAGAGAGAACCCGAGAAGAGAGAAGGAACUGGUCAAAAAGGAAGGAAACUGGAUAAUUAUUGAAGGCUUUGAUCCUGAGUCAGCCAAGGUUGAACUUUCUAUGAAUAAGGAAAAUGAUCAAUAUAUCUUAAGCAAGCUGAACUUUUACAGACAUAAAUUUGGUCCUUUAAAGAGGCUGAAACUUGAUAGAUUAAAGAACGAAGAUGAAGAAAUCAAUAUUUUUUUGACUCGUUGUAUUUCUAAAGAGAUUGAGUUGUUCUUUUUCGGAAUCAACGUUGGAAAGAAGGUUUUCUUAGGAUAUUACUUGGAUGGACUCAAGAUCGUGCUACCAAAGGUUCUGAAGGAAGUCUAUUUUUGAUGGGUGGUUGUGGAAGAAGGAGAAGUUGCUGAAGUACUUAAAGCUACUAGAGGAGUUGAGAGAGUGGUGUUUAAUAGUUGUAAGGUAUCAAUCCCUCCUUUACUGGAUUUGACGGUCCAAGAACCUUAUAAGACAAAAUAUCUGAGCUUCAGAUGGUCAGGGAGUAGAGACUGGCACACUGAUAUGGACUGGGACAAACAUCCCGAACGGCUAGAAUACCUGCUCAUUGCAAUCAGUAACUGUACUCUCCAAAACUCCUUGGAGACCUUGAACGUCUACAAGUGUAAGAUCACAGUUGAGCAGGUUGAAGAGUUGUGACUCAAGCACUCGCUUGAAGAAGUCACUGUAGUGGAUGAAGACCAUUGUGUUAUGAGCUAAAUUUUUGUUGGGGA